AUGUGGAAAACUUCACAAUCGACUGUGACGACGACAAGCCCGGUACCCUCCAUCCCUCCCAAGAAGGUGUCGCGAGAAUUGUCUUCUCUAGCCUCUCUCUCCUUCGUUUCUUCUGAUGACGACAGCUAUGAAACGGACUUAGACUUCGACGAAGAAGUGUUGCUAAAUCCACAUCGGGGUGACGAUGACCUGACGGGAAAAUCUAAAUAUAUCAAGAUGUGUGAUGACCUCGGCGUGACCCCGAUUUCCUCCUUCUUGGACAGCUUGCAGAAGAAGGCCAUCAGCCUUCGCUUUUACGGUUUAGGACUAGCUAGUGCCAAAGCUAUUUCCGCUCCACUAGAGAGAAAUACGAUUAUAGAAAAGCUGAAUCUUGAAGGAAACGGGAUCGAACACGAAGGAGCAAAAUUUCUUGCCCGCAUUUUGAAGGAGAAUCUAUACAUAACAGAGCUGGUGUUGACAGAAAACAAACUUGGAAAUGCCGGAGCAAAAGCUAUUUGUGACCUGCUCGUCCACAACCGAUGCAUUACUAAGCUGGAUCUCUCAGGUUUAGUCAACCCAGCAUUGAAGCAUCUUAGACUGGCUCACAACAGCUUUGAAGAAAUCGGAGCAAGGUGCUUUAAGGAAGCCCUGUGUGAAAACGAAUCGCUUGAGCUUCUAGACCUCAACUGGAAUCACUUCAGUUCGCGAGGAGCCGCCAUGUUGGCUGAAGGACUUGAGGAAAAUGUGGGCUUGAAGUGUUUCUCCAUGGCCAUGGCGGGGCUCGGGUUCCAGGGUGGGCAACACGUGGGCGAGGUAUUCCGACACAACCGCACCCUCCUGGAGCUGGAUGUCAGUUAUUGCCGUAUUUCCGCGGACGGCAUCCCCCACCUAGCGGCCGGCCUGCGUGAGAACGACAUCCUCCAGGUCCUCAAGAUUGGUUGCAACCCGUUUGACGGAGACAAUGCCAUGCUGCUGCUGGAAGCCAUUCAAGAAAAUGACUCGAGCGCCUUGCGACACCUGGACAUACCGCACGUGUUUGUGAAAGAAGAGUUCGUGAAACUGGCUCGCAAGCUUCAGGAGCAAAGAGGUUUCACUGUUCAGUACGAAGGAGUGUUGCCUUCUCUGCCCAAACGAAAGUACACUGUAGAAGAAAUGGUUCGAUUCCGCACCGAUCCAGUGGGACACUUGAGACGAGCUCUGCAGCAGUGUUCCAUGUCGCCCUCUGAGGUCUUUCACCUAAACGGACCUUCCAAAAUCACCAAGAAGGAAUUCACAGACACUGUCAGACUGGCACAGCUGGACUUGUCAUCAGAACAGAUCAACAUCCUGUAUUCCAAAGUGCAGAUGAACGGUCUUAUUGAUGUUGAAAACCUACUGGAUUGCCUAGAAAAUCCCCAAGAUCAUUCCGUCGGUGAGGCUUGAACGACAGCUCCUCUUUCUUGAUGCUAUUCGCUGAUUUGGUUGCCGGUCGGCGCAGGUGAAUGCAAAAAAAACUUACGAGGCUACGAUAGUGUACCCAGGCGCCACCUUGUGGUGCCGCACAACAUCACCAUCAAGACGCUGACAACAUCUGCAACCGUUAAGGCCAGACAAGCGUUCAGCCUCCAAAAUCCAUUGAACUGGAAAAUUGUUGGCAAUGGAGUCAGGACCUAGCUCCACUAAGUCUGACUACAGUUUCAGUGUCCCGAACCAUGGGACCUCAGUGACCUUUGCACACGACUUCGCCAAAGUGGGUCAAGUGUUCAACGACAUUCACCUGGUGAAGGAGGACUUCAAAGACUUGACUGCGACGUGCACAAUGUACCGUCUGUGAUCUGAUCCUGAUGGCAAACUGACUUGGUGCAUCCUUAUCUGUUCUUGAUGUGCAGGUUGACGCAGAUUUGUGCUCUACUUUCUCCAUGUGUCGUCUUUUCUUUACUUAUGCUUGGCUUAUGAUGAGACCUGACCACCCGACUAAGCUGAGACCCGUUCACGUUCAUCCCCUGAGGUUUAUACGGAUGGUUUAUUUCCCCUAACACUACUUUCAGCUCUGCCUCCCGAGAAAACUCAAGCUUCAUAGUGGAUUCAAGUUUAUUCAUGCUGCGUACCAGUUACUAACACUGAGGUUUGAUGGCCCAUACUUUUCUCCUUUUUUUUUUUUUUGCCCCAUUUAUGUUUGUAUGGAGACCUCGGUGCGGUAUAAGGAUACAGGUUCCAACGCACAUCUUUUUUCGUGCAAAUUUCUCAUCACGUGACUACAACUGGCCGAGCGUUUUCGAGCUUUAAGGGGAGCUCAUCGCUGUUUUCUCAAGCGACAACAACGACGUGAAUUGGGUGUAGGAGAGCUCUUGAUAAUGUUUAGUCAUCAGAGAUGACUUUCACUGACAUUAAAAAUAUUUUGUACUCGUUUCUAUUGCGUU